AUGCAGGUUCAGCGCACCUGGCUCGCCCUUCUGGGCGCUGUAUGGCUCGUCCUCCCUUCGCAUGUAGCCGCCGACGACCCGCAAAUCACGAAUCCGAACCAGGCCACGAUUCGGCAGUUCAACAUUGUGCUCACGGACAACACCAAAGUGUACGACUUGGGCUGCUGCAUGGGUGUCCCCAACGAGCUUGCUUCUGCUCCACAGUGGAAGGCUUUCGAACACCAGAGGAUGGCUAUGGCCUCUACGCCCGGUGCGCGUACAUUUGGACUCCAAUUCUGCCACCAUCUGCCUGGGUCUAAGCCGGAAGAGGCCACGCAAGCGUUCAAGGACGUGUGCACCAAGAACGGCGGUGAGGUGAUCACGCCCGAAAAGGGCUACUGUCCCCAGAACUGGCCUAACUACGACGAGAAGUACGUCAAGCCGGCUCUUACGCGUGCCCCUGGUGCGGGCGACGAUCCGGCUCCUCCGCCUGCUCCCAACCCCCUCCCCAACGCCGACGGUAAAUCGACCAACGACAAGGAUGGCUUCAAAACGCAAGGUACCUUCCACUAUGCGCUGGUCGACUACGCCAUCACGCGCUCGCUGGCGUGCUGCAAGGCGUCAACUAAGCCCAUCAUCAAACCUGUCGCGCAGUACCAGCCCAAACUGGCCAGCUGCGCCCAACGCAAGGUGGCCUCGACCGUGUUCAUGUCGCAAUGCGCCAAGAUCUUGUCCAGCAUCACCAAGUCGAAAAAGCUCUCUGGCUACACCACGCUCACAGGUGACGGCGACGCCAUUGUUGACGAAAAGACCAAACAGCAAUGCAGCGCCAUGUGGACCAACGCUAUUUCAUACACCUACGGCUUCUGCCAGCUCGACCAUGACAGCGUUCGGGACGACGCGAUCAAGGCGUUCCAGUACGACUGCACCGCCAAGGGCGGCGAGUCCAAGGAGCCGCACAUGGGCAUGUGUCUGUGGAACGUCGAUGAUGCUGCUGCUUCCGGCAGCUAG